GCAGCCCUUGGCUGAAGGGAGCGCGGUACCGACGUCUUGGGCCUUGGCUCCCCGCGCCCUAGUCCGCGCGCAUCCUUCCCGGGCAGGAGUUCGCGUACCCCGCCUGGCCGCGCCCCCCUGCCCCCCGCCCUCCGGCUCCGGCUGUCCGUUCCCGGCUGUGGCUUUGCGGCUUUCGGGCGUGCCUGCGAGGCUCUGUCCCCGAGGCCGUCCCGGCCUUCUGCGCCCCUUUCCUGCCUUGGGACCUCCCGGCCAACCCGGCCCGGAGUGCGCCACCCGCUCCCGCGUGCCCUUCCCCACGCGUGCAGGCUGCUCCCGCCCGCCCCCGGGCUUGCAGGCACCUCGCUGCCCGAGAUUCCUCGUGUCUGACUUCUUAGGAGACCGCUGCUUUCUGCCUCCGUGUGUCGCGAUGUGUGGCUUUGGUGGACGUCUGUGAAGGAAAUCCAGCCUCUGGCGUGUGCAGUUGGCAAAAGGAGGAGUAUUUCUGAUGAUGGGGUAGCGAGCUUGUCUGCUGUGUUCAAGACCGUUUCUCCCGGGCGCAGGGUUAUCCGGGAAGCCACGGGACCCUCAGGCGGGCAGGAUGAACGACUGGCACAGGAUCUUCACCCAAAACGUGCUUGUCCCUCCCCACCCACAGAGAGCGCGCCAGCCUUUGAAGGAAUCCACAGCAUUCCAGUGUGUCCUCAAGUGGCUGGACGGACCGAUAAUUAGGCAGGGCAUGCUGGAGGUGCUGUCAGAGGUUGAAUGCCAUCUGCGAGUGUCUUUCUUUGAUGUCACCUACCGGCACUUCUUUGGGAGGACGUGGAAAACCACAGUGAAGCCGACGAAGAGACCGCCAUCCAGGAUCAUCUUUAAUGAGCCCUUGUAUUUUCACACAUCCCUAAACCACCCUCAUAUCGUGGCUGUGGUGGAAGUGAUCGCUGAGGGCAAGAAACGGGAUGGGAGCCUCCAGACAUUGUCCUGUGGGUUUGGAAUUCUUCGGAUCUUCAGCAACCAGCCGGACUCUCCUGCCUCUGCUUCCCAGGACAAAAGGUUGCGGCUGUACCAUGGCACCCCCAGAGCCCUCCUGCACCCGCUUCUCCAGGACCCCGCAGAGCAAAACAGACACAUGACCCUCAUUGAGAACUGCAGCCUGCAGUACACGCUGAAGCCACACCCGGCCCUGGAGCCUGCGUUCCACCUUCUUCCUGAGAACCUUCUGGUGUCUGGUCUGCAGCAGAUACCUGGCCUGCUUCCAGCUCAUGGAGAAUCUGGCGACGCUCUCCGAAAGCCUCGCCUCCAGAAGCCCAUCACGGGGCACUUGGACGACUUAUUCUUCACCCUGUACCCCUCCCUCGAGAAGUUUGAGGAAGAGCUGCUGGAGCUCCACGUCCAGGACCACUUCCAGGAGGGAUGUGGCCCACUGGACGGUGGUGCCCUGGAGAUCCUGGAGCGGCGCCUGCGUGUUGGCGUGCACAACGGUCUGGGCUUUGUGCAGAGGCCGCAGGUCGUUGUACUGGUGCCUGAGAUGGACGUGGCCUUGACGCGCUCAGCCAGCUUCAGCAGGAAAGUGGUCUCCUCUUCCAAGACCAGCUCCGGGAGCCAAGCUCUGGUUUUGAGAAGCCGCCUCCGCCUCCCAGAGAUGGUCGGCCACCCUGCAUUUGCGGUCGUCUUCCAGCUGGAGUACGUGUUCAGCAGCCCUACAGGAGUGGACGGCAAUGCAGCUUCAGUCACCUCUCUGUCCAACCUGGCAUGCAUGCACAUGGUCCGCUGGGCUGUUUGGAACCCCCUGCUGGAAGCUGAUUCUGGAAGGGUGACCCUGCCUCUGCAGGGCGGGAUCCAGCCCAACCCCUCGCACUGUCUGGUCUACAAGGUACCCUCAGCCAGCCUGAGCUCUGAAGAGGUGAAGCAGGUGGAGUCAGGUACACUCCGGUUCCAGUUCUCGCUGGGCUCAGAAGAACACCUGGAUGCACCCACGGAGCCUGUCAGUGGCCCCAAGGCGGAGCGGCGGCCUGCCAGGAAACCACCCACGUCCCCUUCGAGCCCGCCAGCGCCAGCACCUCGAGGUCUUGCUGCCCCGCAGAACUCACCUGUGGGACCAGGGUUGUCAAUUUCCCAGCUGGCGGCCUCCCCGCGGUCCCUGACUCAGCACUGCUUGGCCAGGCCUACUUCACAGCAGCUACCCCAUGUCUCUCAGGCCUCCCCGGCCCAGGCAGAGUUCCCGUUGGAGGGCGGUAUCUCCCACCUGGAAGCCGACCUGAGCCAGACCUCCCUGGUCCUGGAAACGUCCAUUGCCGAACAGUUACAGGAGCUGCCGUUCACGCCUUUGCAUGCCCCUAUUGUUGUGGGAACCCAGACCAGGAGGAGGCUACCUGAGGAGUCUCUGUGUCUCAGCUCUGCAGGGCAGCCCUCAAGAGCCUCCAUGGUGCUCCUGCAGUCCUCCGGCUUUCCUGAGAUUCUGGAUGCCAAUAAACAGCCAGCCGAGGCCGUCAACCCUGCAGACCCCGUGACGUUUAACCCUCAGAAGGAGGAAUCAGAUUGUCUACAAAGCAACGAGAUAGUGCUACAGUUUCUUGCCUUUAGCAGAGUGGCCCAGGACUGCCGAGGAACAUCAUGGCCAAAGACUGUGUAUUUCACCUUCCAGUUCUACCGCUUCCCACCCGCAACGACGCCACGACUGCAGCUGGUCCAGCUGGAUGAGGCUGGCCAGCCCAGCUCUGGCGCCCUGACCCACAUCCUCAUGCCUGUGAGCAGAGAUGGCACCUUUGAUGCUGGAUCUCCUGGCUUCCAGCUGAGGUACAUGGUGGGCCCUGGGUUCCUGAAGCCAGGUGAGCGGCGCUGCUUCGCCCGCUACCUGGCCUUGCAGAUCCUGCAGAUCGACGUCUGGGAUGGAGACUCCCUGCUGCUCAUCGGAUCUGCCGCCGUCCACAUGAAGCAUCUCCUCCGCCAAGGCCGGCCGGCUGUGCAGGCCUCCCACGAGCUUGAGGUCGUGGCAACUGAAUACGAGCAGGACAACAUGGUGGUGAGUGGAGACAUGCUGGGGUUUGGCCGCGUCAAGCCCGUCGGCGUCCACUCAGUGGUGAAGGGCCGGCUGCACCUGACCUUGGCCAACGUGGGUCACCCGUGUGAACAGAAAGUGAGAGGUUGUAGCACAUUGCCACCGUCCAGAUCUCGGGUCAUCGCAAACAAUGGAGCCAGCCGCUUCUCUGGAGGCAGCCUCCUCACGACUGGAAGCUCAAGGCGAAAACACGUGGUGCAAGCACAGAAGCUGGCGGACGUGGACAGUGAGCUGGCCGCCGUGCUACUGACCCAUGCCCGGCAGGGCAAGGGGCCCCAGGACAUCGGCUGUGAGUCGGAUGCCACCCGCAGGCGUAAGCUGGAGCGGAUGAGGUCUGUGCGCCUGAAGGAGGCUGGGGGAGAGUUGAGCCAGCGCGGGACGAGCGUGUUGGUGCAGCAGAGCGUUCGCACACAGCACUUGCGGGACCUACAGGUCAUCGCCGCCUACCGAGAGCGCACAAAGGCUGAAAGCAUCGCCAGCCUGCUGAGCCUGGCCAUCACCACAGAGCACACACUCCACGCCACGCUGGGGGUCGCUGAGUUCUUCGAGUUUGUGCUUAAGAACCCCCACAACACACAGCACACAGUGACUGUGGAGAUCGACAACCCCGAGCUGAGCGUCAUCGUGGACAGUCAGGAGUGGAGGGACUUCAAGGGUGCUGCCGGCCUGCACACGCCGGUGGAGGAGGACAUGUUCCACCUGCGCGGCAGCCUGGCCCCCCAGCUCUACCUGCGCCCCCACGAGACCGCCCACAUCCCCUUCAAGUUCCAGAGCUUCUCUGCAGGGCAGCUGGCCAUGGUGCAGGCCUCUCCUGGGUUGAGCAACGAGAAGGGCACGGAUGCCGUGUCACCUUGGAAGUCCAGCGCAGUGCCCACUAAACACGCCAAGGUCUUGUUCCGAGCGAGUGGCGGCAAGCCCAUCGCCGUGCUCUGCCUGACCGUGGAGCUGCAGCCCCACGUGGUGGACCAGGUCUUCCGCUUCUAUCACCCGGAGCUCUCCUUCCUGAAGAAGGCCAUCCGCCUGCCGCCCUGGCACACACUUCCAGGUGCUCGGGUGGGAAUGCUUGGUGAGGACCCCCCAGUCCACGUUCGCUGCAGCGACCCGAAUGUCAUCUGUGAGACCCAGAAUGUGGGCCCCGGGGAGCCACGGGACAUAUUUCUGAAGGUAGCCAGUGGUCCGAGCCCGGGGAUCAAAGACUUCUUUGUCAUCAUUUACUCGGAUCGCUGGCUGGCGACACCCACACAGACGUGGCAGGUCUACCUCCACUCCCUGCAGCGCGUGGAUGUCUCCUGCGUCGCAGGCCAGCUGACCCGCCUGUCCCUUGUCCUUCGGGGGACGCAGACAGUGAGGAAAGUGAGAGCUUUCACCUCGCAUCCCCAGGAGCUGAAGACAGAUCCCAAAGGUGUCUUCGUGCUCCCGCCUCGUGGGGUGCAGGACCUGCAUGUUGGCGUGAGGCCCCUCAGGGCCGGCAGCCGCUUCGUCCACCUCAACCUGGUGGACGUGGAUUGCCACCAGCUGGUGGCCUCCUGGCUCGUGUGCCUCUCCUGCCGCCAGCCGCUCAUCUCCAAGGCCUUUGAGAUCACAUUGGCUGCGGGCGAAGGGAAGGGUGUCAACAAGAGGAUCACCUACACCAACCCCUACCCCUCCCGGAGGACGUUCCACCUGCACAGCGACCACCCGGAGCUGCUGCGGUUCAGGGAGGACUCCUUCCAGGUGUGGUGGGGCUGUGCCUGGGACUCCCAGGGGAAGCCCUGGGGACCUGAAUGGAGGGCAGUUAGCCUGCAUUUAGGAGCGAGUUCCUCGAAUCACCAGCAGUCUUCCAAAAGCCCCAGGGUGGUGACAGGUGCCAUCCCAUAGUUGGGUGGGCCUGUUGUCUCUUUAGUAGCUGGAGAUUUAGCAAAGUUUCUCCUGAGCGUGGGAAAGGGUGAUGUGCCCAGGGCUUUUCAUGGUAAUGUUAGACAGCUCAGUCUCGAAAAUAAGUGUGCCUCCGAGUCCAAGUAAUGUGUCACCCUGGCUGAGCACCGGUUCCCAUCCUUGUCCCGGGCGCUGAAGUCAAAGGCAGGCCUUGGAUGCACCCGCAGGGCUCCCCUGCCUUGUCAUUUCCCCUUGGAAAUAAACACGACUGUGCAGAGAGGUUGCUGGUGAGAUCGUGGGACAGCCUGGGGGUGGACGCUGGGAUUUGGAUGCUUAUUUCCAGGUCGGGGGUGGAGAGACCUACACCAUCGGCUUGCAGUUUGCGCCUAGUCAGAGAGUAGGGGAGGAGGAGAUCCUGAUCUACAUCAAUGACCAUGAGGACAAAAACGAAGAGGCAUUUUGCGUGAAGGUCAUCUACCAGUGAGGACUUGAGGGUGACGUCCUUCCUGCGGCACCCGGCUGGGGCCUGUCUGUGCCCCUCCUGCCCUGCAGGCCGUCCUCCCCGCGUCUCUGCAGCCUUUCACUUCAGUGCCCACCUGGCUGACCUGUGCACUUGGCUGAGGAAGCAGAGACCGAGCGCUGGUCAUUUUGUAGUACCUGCGUCCAGCUUAGCUGCUGCUGACACCCAGCAGGCCUGGGUUCCGUGAGCGUGAACUCCGUAGCGGUGGCUCUGGCUCUGGUGCUGCCAUCUAUGCAUGUGGGACCCUUGUUAUCUCUGUUGCUCAAAAUGUAUUUUAUGAAUCAUCCUAAAUGAUAAAAUUAUGUUUUUCUUACUGGAUUUUGUACAAACAUAAUCUGUUACUUGCUAUGCAAUAUUUUAUGCUGGUAUUAUGUCUGUUUUUUAAAUUGUUGAACGAAAUACUAAACUUUUACACAUC